CUCAGUAGUUGGUCCAUGUAGAUUAUAUAUCUAUAUGUCUGCAGUUAUUUAAUGUAGUAUAUCGCCGUAAGUUCGUUUUGUCCGUCGCUUUGUGUUUUGUGAAUUUCGAGUUAUUGCGUAUGAUUCUACUUUUUUACAAUAACGCGUCUAUACUAAAUAUUUAGUCAUUGUACGAUAAAAUUAACAACUUGUUGAUUCAGGUAAACGGGUUGUAUCGGGUUUGUUGUUUUUGCACACAUUUAAUGCGAUACAGACAUUAUGGCGCAAUUGCCAAUAAUGUGAUUGAUUUAUGGAUUCGCCCGCUGGUGCAGGUGUUUGUUUGGUUGAAAUGCACUCAUCUUCGUCUACUACUACAUUAACGGUCAAAGAGGACAUUCCGCUUUUGACUAAGCCUCGGGAAAAAAAUAACAUUUUCAACAGAUUUUGUCAAUGGAUUUGGCAAAAAUGUUUUCGCAAAAAAGAACUUACAUCAAGGACUAUAGUAAUUGGAAAACAAAGUAUAGAAAAAUACUCACCAAAUGUUAUACGAAAUCAAAAAUACACUAUUAUUACAUUCCUCCCCAAGGUGCUCUAUCAACAAUUUAAAUUUUUCCUAAAUCUUUAUUUUCUCUUAAUGGCUAUGAGCCAGUUUGUUCCUGAGCUAAGAUUAGGAUAUUUAUAUACAUAUUGGGGACCAUUGAUUUUUGUUUUGGCUGUGACGUUAUUUAGAGAAGGAGUUGAUGAUAUUCGUAGGUGGCAAAGAGACGAAGAAGUUAAUUCACAAAAAUAUAAACGCCUAAUUAGGGGUAAAGAUCAUAAUAUUGGCACUGAAUUUGUUUCAUCAUCUAAAUUGAAAGUGGGAGAUCUGGUACUUGUUGAAAAGGAUCAAAGAGUACCCGCUGAUAUGGUACUUUUAAGAACUACUGAAAAAUCCGGUGCGUGCUUUGUGAGAACAGAUCAAAUGGAUGGCGAAACUGACUGGAAAUUACGUCUUGCCAUAGGAGAUACUCAAAAGUUAGAUUGUGAUGCUCGUCUUUUUGAUAUCACAGCUACAAUUUUUGCAGAAAAACCUCAAAGAGAUAUACAUAGUUUUAUAGGCACAUUUAGACGACAAGAUAAUGGUGAAGAAGUAAGUCUUGAUGUGGAAAAUACACUAUGGGCAAAUUGUGUUGUAGCUAAUGGCUCAGCAUUAGGUGCUGUGGUGUACACUGGUGCAGAAACUAGAUCAGUGAUGAACAAUUCACAGCCUCGUAGUAAAGUUGGUUUGCUGGAUAUUGAAAUUAAUCAGUUGACUAAAUUAUUAUUUUGUGCUGUCGUUGGACUUGCAUUUGUAAUGAUGUGUUUAAAAGGCUUCAGUGGUCCUUGGUACCGUUAUAUGUUUAGAUUUGUUUUACUUUUUUCAUAUAUCAUACCAAUCAGUUUAAGAGUGAAUCUUGAUAUGGGUAAAGCCUUUUAUUCUUGGUCAAUGCAAAGAGAUGAGGAAAUGCCAGAUACUGUAGUUAGGUGUACAACAAUUCCCGAAGAACUAGGACGGAUAUCAUACUUAUUUUCAGACAAAACUGGCACUUUAACACAAAAUUCAAUGGUGUUCAAAAGACUGCACUUGGGAACGGUAUCUUAUGGUGCAGAAUCUUUUGAUCAGGUGGCUGAUCAGCUAAAGAUGACAUUUUGUGGGGCAGUUGAACCAACUCACAAUAGAAAUUUAUCUCAAGGAUCUACAUCAUUUAAAAUUAGAAGAUCAGAACAAUCUCGUCUUCAUGAUGCUGUCAAAGCUAUUGCUUUAUGUCAUAAUGUCACUCCUGUUAUUGAAAAUAAUGUUCAUGGAAAUAUUACUGAUAGUCCAGUAGAACUUAGAUCAGAAGCAGACCAACAUUACAUACGAGAAGGUCUUCUCCCUCGUUCACAAUGUACUUAUCAAGCAUCUAGUCCUGAUGAGAUUGCAUUAGUAAAAUGGACUGAAGAUGUAGGACUAGCUGUUAUUAAAAGAGAUCUAACAUCACUCCAGUUAAGAACAUCAACUGAAGAUGUACUUACAUAUACUAUACUUCAAAUGUUUCCAUUCACUUCAGAAUCUAAGCGUAUGGGUAUAAUAGUUAAAGAUAUAUCUUCUGGUGAAAUCACAUUUUAUUUGAAGGGAGCUGAUGUAGUUAUGUCAUCUAUUGUACAAUAUACAGACUGGCUGGAAGAAGAAUGUGGUAACAUGGCACGAGAAGGUUUGCGAACAUUAGUAGUAGCAAAAAAGAGUCUUACUGAAGAACAAUAUGUUGAAUUUGAAUCUCGCCUUAACUCUGCAAGAUUAGCCGUUACUGGAAGAACACAACGGGUAAGUAAUGUUGUAGACACUUUGGAACGCGAAAUGGAAUUAUUAUGUGUUACUGGUGUUGAAGAUAAACUUCAAGUGAAUGUACGAAGGACAUUGGAACUAUUAGGAAAUGCAGGAAUAAAAAUAUGGAUGUUAACUGGUGACAAACAAGAAACAGCUACUUGUAUUGCAAAAAGUUCCCGGCUUGUGUCCCGAACACAAGAAUUAUUUAUUUUUGCACCUGUUCACACUAGAACUGAAGCCCAUCAACAACUAAACGCUUUUAGAAAAAAACAAGAUUGUGCACUUGUUAUUACUGGAGAUUCUCUUGAGAUAUGUCUUCAAUACUAUCAAACAGAGUUAUUAGAUGUUGCAUGUCGUAGUCCAGCUGUCAUAUGCUGUAGAUGUUCACCUACUCAAAAAGCACAAAUUGUUACCCUUAUUAAAGCACAUACUGGUAAAAGAACAGCAGCUGUUGGUGAUGGGGGAAAUGAUGUAUCAAUGAUUCAAGCCGCUGAUACUGGUAUUGGUAUUGCUGGUGUAGAAGGUCGUCAAGCAUCACUAGCUGCUGAUUUUUCAGUUCCUCAGUUUUCACAUUUAGCAAGAUUACUUAUGGUACAUGGUCGAUACAGUUAUAAGCGUUCAGCCUCACUAAGUCAAUUUGUUAUUCAUAGAGGUCUUAUUAUAUCUACAAUGCAAGCAAUAUUUUCAGCUGUAUUUUAUUUCUCUUCUGUCACCUUAUAUCAAGGAUUCCUCAUGAUAGGGUAUGCAACAAUAUACACUAUGUUCCCAGUUUUUUCAUUAGUACUUGAUAAGGAUGUACUAGCCAAAAUAGCUUUAACCUAUCCUGAACUUUAUAAAGAAUUAAGUAAAGGAAGGUCUUUAUCAUACAAAACUUUCUUUAUCUGGGUGUUGAUCAGUAUUUAUCAAGGUGGUGUUAUCAUGUAUGGAGCAUUGUUCUUAUUUGAAGAUGAGUUUAUUCAUAUUGUUGCAAUUAGUUUCACCGCCUUAAUACUAACAGAACUUAUUAUGGUUGCCCUGACAGUACGAACAUGGCAUUAUCUGAUGUUAUUAGCUGAGCUGUUUAGCUUAGCUAUUUAUAUACUAUCAUUAAUAUUACUCAAAGACUACUUUGACUCGCAUUUCAUACAAACCGAAUCAUUCCUUUGGAAAGUCACUGUUAUCACAUUAGUCAGUUGUUUACCUUUAUAUAUUUUAAAAUUCUUAAGGAAAAAGUUCUCACCGCCUAGUUAUUCUAAAUUAUCUUAGACUGCAUCAAUGCUUGAAAAACAAGUAUUGAAAAUAUUAAUUAUACAAAACCAAGAAAGAUAAAUAUUUGCGGCAAAUAAUUUCCAAUAAAUUGUAUAGUAGUACAUAAUAUAGCAUUCCGCUGCACUGAUAUAAGCUAUAAAAUGUAUUAAAUGUUCAUACCUCUUAAGAAAUUUUAACUAAGGAGCACUACUGAUAUUGAAUAAACUAAGUACAAUAUAAUAUGUAUAUCUAAAUGUUACUCAUUAUUCAUUAAUCCUAGUACAACAUAUACAUAUAUAUAUAUUUUUUAUAGAUAUUUAUUUUUAUUCUACAUGAUACAAAAACAUUUUAAUCUAUUGUUGUCAAUAAACCAGCUAUUAUUGAUAAUUUAAUUUAAUUCCUUUUCUAAUAUAUUGUAUGUUUUUUCUGAAUUUUGAACAUUCUGUGAUCCACAAGUAAAGUUAUAAUUUUGAUAUUAUUUAUAUGCCUACUUUAUAAUGAACACAGUAAUUUUAUAGAUACAUUCUAAAAUAAAUAUGAAAUUUCUUUAAUUAAAAGUUGAUCAAAACACAGUUAAUAUUUAACAUUUAAUCAAAGAAUAUUAAAAAUAAAUACAUUUGUUAUAGUUUAGUUAUAUUUAUGCAUAUAUUACAUUUUGUUGAAAAGCAUAAUAUUUUUACUACUGUUACAGUCUUAUAAAAUCAGAAAAUUAAUUUUUUAAUUGUUUUUAUUUAGUUGCUCAAAAUCUUAUAAAUUAUUACCUGACAUAAUUUGACUUGUUCUAAAAUAAAAAUCAUUAAGUACUUGAUUUCACAUUUAAAAUAAUGUUUAAAUAAUAAACAAUUAAAAAAUAUUAAAAUGUGUAUGAUUAAAAAUAAAUAUUCAGUAUUUUUAAAAAUUUAUUUAUUUUCAAAUAUAUUCUAAUGUAAAGCUGUGAAUGUGUUAAGGCAUAAAAUAAAUCAUUGUUUUUCUUGUGUUAUUUUUAAUAUUAGUUUUAACUUUUUGUUCAAAAGCAAUGAACAUACAAAUGCACUAAUAUAUAAUAUGAUUUUUGUGUAUUUUCACAUUGCUUUAAAAUACAUUUUUUAAAGUAUUUUGUUACCCACCUAGUAAAACAUGUCAAAAUUAUUAGAUUUUUAAUAGUAAUGUGAUAUAUAUUUUCAUCAAAUAAUUUGAUUUAAUUGAUUAUUCUUUGAGUAUAAAUAGAUUGAAUUUACACACAUUUUUUAUGUUA